UCCGAGCGACAUGAGAAUUCAUUCGAUUAUUGAAUAAAACUUAGAGGACUCGGUUAAGUUGAAAGAGUUCGAAUCGCGUGUCAAACUCCCAUUUUCACUAACGAGAAAAUCGCACAUCAGGAAUGACCAGCCUUUCGUGACAGGCUAACUAGAGCAUAAUUAAAACGACGAGUUGCCUGUACUUCGCACGUACGUUAAUAACAAUUCUCACGAGAUAAUGCGAAAACAGGGUAGAGCUUAGCUAAGUAGAUGAGCAGAAUUAGCGAACAAAUCGCCAGUUUGUUAAAACCAGGAGAAGGUGAAAGAUCGCAGUGGUGGUGCCCAAUAACUUCGAAUCCCCUCAAACCAGCCCGAAAAAACAGAUCGAGGAGCAACGGUAAAAAGCAAGCAGAAAGAGACCAAAAUCAAGGCGAUGAUGGCGGAGGAUUCCGAUUUCGAAAGUGCGCUCAAGGCGACCACGGACUUGAUAUUUCUAUUUGUUGGUUUCAUCCUCAACCUCGGGAUCUUCAUCGUCGUACUGUCAAAACAACGACUGCGAAAUCCCAUCGGUUGUUACACGAUGAGUAUGACGAUCGCGAGCCUCUUGAUGCUUCCGAUUGUUAUCGAAGACAUCCUUAAACGCUGGUUUCGCAUCGAAUACGACCCUAAAUUCUAUUAUUCCUUCAUAAUACUGGAAAUCAUUUUACACUCUGCCUCUUUGACCGUCGCCGCGUUCACCCUCGACAGAUACAUUUAUUUCUGUCGCAUUGACUCCAAAUGGCACGCGACCGUUGCCAAAACAAUGACGGCCGCUAAAACAGUUGGAUCUAUUUGGUGUCACGCGACUAUUUUAUCGAUAGUGGAUGUAAAACUUUACGAGUAUUUGAGUGAUCGCACGAGCAACGAUGUAUUUUUCUGGCUUACCGGAAUCUACGUUAUUUUACCAACGAUCGUCAUUUUUUUCUUCGAUUUCAUGAUCGGCCACGAACUCUUCAAAUGCCGGAAGGUCAUCACGAGCAAAUGGAGUCACCAAGAUUUGGAAAGCCUUCGACUGUUGCUGGUCCUGACGGUUGGACUUUACACGACAAUUAUCCCUUUCUGGAUCGUUCAGAUCAUCGUCUCCAUGGAUCCGCGCAGCUGUUGUUCUCAUCUGACCAUGGGCACGAUCUACUAUCUUCUGAAAUUGUCCUCGAUCACAGUCCCGAUAACUUGCAUCGCCACGUGCCAAAAUCUGAGAAAUUCGUUGCUGGAAAUGGUGCUCUGCUGCCGCGAACGCUGAGGUCGCAAGGCUCUCAGAAUCGAAGAGAGUACGAAAGAAGAUCCGUGUGCCGUAGAGCAGCAGGAGACCGAUUUGUAUUUUGAGAGAAAAAAAUUGAGAAAAUUCAUUGAACUGUUCGCGCACUUGCAAACUCCAAAUACACGACGCAACGAGAUUAUUACGAGCAUAUUCAUUCAAAUAAAAUUUAACGAGACGAUGUAUUCCAUGUAUUCCGCGGGCGCUUUGGCCCAUCACGUUCAAGCUGUCUAAUCUGAGUCCAGAGGCGAAUAAAUUAAGGUAUCGGAUCGA